CUUCCUGCCUCUCCCCGGACCCCGCGGCGCCGAGUCCCCGCUUGGUGCUGGCUCCCCGCCGCGCCCGGCCCCUCGCUGCGACCUCCCUGUAGCGGGUCGCGCCCCGGGGCGGCAGGUGACGCGAAGCCUGCUCUGUUAUUACCCGAACGCGCCACGGCCCGAGCGUCCGCCUGUAGCUUCCUGACCGCGCCGCACGAAGCCUGCACCUGUGGGAAGAGCGCUUCCGGCACCUCAGCACCGACAUGGGACACCUGGAAAUGACCUGACUUCAAGAAACCAAGACUGUGACUGUGCUGUGCCUUCCAGAGUUCUUGAAGAGCAGCCCAUUUUUGACAGUGUGCCAGAUGUUCAGGCACAUUUUCUGCCUUGUAGCCACUGAUCAGGCCUGAGCCCCAGUGUCUAUGCCCUCAGGCAGCAUCACAGGUGGGGGAUAAAGUUCUCACUGAGGGGAUGGUGACUCUUCUUGCUUUUCACAUAAAUUGAAUAAGCACCCUGUGCACUUUAAUCUCCUGUCUGUGCCAUCAGGCUAACCGAAGACAGAGUUUUGAAAUCUCAGCUAUAAAGAUAUCCAGCCAAAGUCUCAGUCUUGCCUUAACCAUGUUCCAGAGGCUGAACAAAAUGUUUGUAAGUGAAGUCAACAGUUCUUCCAAACAAGAACCAGAAUUUAGUGAGAAAGAAGACGAUGAGUGGAUUCUUGUAGACUUCAUAGAUACUUGCACUAGUUUCUCAGCAGAGGAAGAGGAGGAGGAAGAGGAUAUCAGUGAAGAGUCAUCUACAGAACACACUUCAGUCUUCUCCUGUUUACCUGCAUCUCUGGAAUGCUUGGCUGAUACAAGUGAUUCCUGCUUCCUUCAGUUUGAGUCCUGUCCAAUGGAGGAGAGCUGGUUUAUCACCCCUCCCCCGUGUUUUACAGCAGGUGGAUUAACCACUAUCAAGGUAGAAACAAGUCCUAUGGAAAAUCUUCUUAUUGAACAUCCCAGCAUGUCUGUCUAUGCUGUGCAUAACUCCUGCCCUGGUCUCAAUGAGCCCAGCUGUGGGACUGAAGAAUUUCAUAACUCAAGUAGUCCCAGAAUGGAAGCCCAAAAUGAAGUGGAGCAGCACGUUCACUGCUAUGUUGCAGCUCUUACUGCUCAUGCAACUUUUCUAGAACAGCCCAAGACCUUUCGCUCUUCCCAGUGGAUAAAAGAACAUAGUGAAAGACAGUCUCUGAACAGAAAUAGCCUUCGCCGCCAAAAUCUUACCAGGGAUUGCCACUCACGGCAAGUCAAGCACAACAGCUGGGUGGUUCACCAACCCUGCCCACGCCAGUACAAUUACUAAGGAUUUCAAGUUUUGCUGGUUGUUUCUGGGUUUUUGCUUAUGGAUGUGGAUGUGUACAUGUACAAUGAAAAUGACCAAUCACCUAGUGUAUCAGUGUGUUUAGACACUAUCUUGAAACCAGAUUUCUGUGCUGUAUACCACAUAAUGCCUUGCUCCUAACAGUUACUUAAAUUUUUAGAAUAUUUUUGGAAACAUAUCAAUACAGUUAGUGUUUGGGAAUGUCUUUAAAUAUAGGAAGAUGUACAUGAGUUAGAAUCUUAAAGGCAUUUCUUACUUCGAGUAUAAGAACAGGCAUCUUUCAAUUUCAUUUAUUUUGUAUUAUUUAAUCAAACUUUUGAGUAAGCAAAAAUUUAUUCUCAGGGUCAGCCAUACACUUUAUUGACCAGUACUUGAUAAGUCUUUUCCAUAUGUAAUGAGUACAUUUUUACACACUAACAUGAGCAUUAAUAGGUGGCAGUUGCCAUGGAUAUGAUGGAAUUAAUGGCUAAAUUUUCGUUGGAAAGAAAACUUGACAUAGUUCUGUAUGUGUGAUUUUUUUUUUUUCCCCCAGAUUAGUCAUGCAGUUCAUUGUGGAAUACAGGUACAUUAAGCUUUGGUGAACAAUGCAUUCAGCAAUUGUGAUAUGAUCCCAUGACAGGGUACAGAUAUUAUAGUUGUCAUGGACAAAAGUACUUGUCUUAUAUGCAGAGGGAAUUAGACCUGUGGAAUUAUAUUUGGAAAAAUUUAUGUCUAUAAAUGACCCAUAGACCAGUAUUUAAGUUGUCUGGAGUCUUUCUGAUAGCUCUGCUUGCCCAGGCACUCAAUGACUUCAAACCUAAGACUGCCCAUGAGAAAGGGAGAGAGAGAGUAUGUGUGUAGGAGAUCCUCUGGCAUGGAGCCUGUCUUCCAAGAAGCAAGUAUGAGAGGGGAUUUCUGGUGGCAUCUGUUCACAGCACCUAGGAGUGAUGGGUUAGAUUCCUUGAAUUUUCAUUUUUUUAACUUCACAAAAUCUUUAACCACUUUGGCCUGUUUCCUCCACAGCAGGGGAGGAAUAAUACCUCUCUCAGUGACUGGAAGUGGGGCUAUCAGAACUGAACUUCAUGUGAACUUCAAGGGCCUUUAUUGAACCUAGUGGUGUGAAGCUAUGGCAGUUUUUCUGCCAUAAUUGUUUUUCACAGUGUUGGUGCUAAUGAGGCCAUGGUGAGGGUUUGACUCACACGUGGGCCAGUUUAAUCGACACAGGAAAGUCUAUUUUCUUCUAAUUGGUCACUUCUUUUUUUAAGCAGUUGUGAUGGGUUUUCGUGAGCCAUCUACACUUAGAAUCAACUUCCUAGGAAAUCAAACACAUUUACACCUUAAAGCACAUUGUACUGAUAGAAUAGUAGCAUUGCCUGUGUAAUCAAACAGCUCAUUUCCCUAUCUCCCCUGCACCCCUAAUUAAAUGAACACAUGUCUAUGAAGUGUUUUUCAAGGAACAAAGCAGCAUAUUGUUAUAUGGCAUAUUAUAACCUUAUAGCGCUUGGAAUGUGGGAGACUUUCACGGAAGAGCUGUGUAAGCUGGGGUGUUUAGAUGGUGAAGAUUGUGCUUCCACUGGCUGUGAUUAAGUGCCAGGAUAUCUCUUUAGAAUGAGAAUCUAGAUUCCCUAGAUUCCCCUUCUUUCCUUAUAUCCUUUCCAUACUGACUUUCCCCCCCCUAAUUAGGGGCCAAGUCUUUAAAGUUUUGUCAAACUGAGAAGUUAUUUGUGUUUACCAGAGUUGGAAGAUAAGGUAGUUUUCAUGAAAGUGUGAAUGUUUUAUACCAUAUCUGUUUUAGGGCCAAAUGUUGGUAACUUGAAACCAGCUAAGUGUCUUCUAGACACAAGAUCCUGAAUACAUGGGGCCUUUUUUUUUUUUUUUCCCCUUGCAUCCACUUGCAAAUUGAAUCUCACAAGCCUGAAGUUCAGCCAUGAAAAUUUGUUUGGCAGCAUGAACUGAUUUGUACAUUAAACUGCAGUGGUUUUUUGUUUUUUUUUUUUGGGUGGGUGUUGUUCUUUC